CCGUGAAAACCUGACAAUAAACUCCCUGAAAUAUUUUGAUAAAGGCGAUAAGGCCGAAAGACAGAAUAUAUCCAGUUUUGUUUUAUUUUCCUUUGUAAAUUGUAAUUGACCACCAGCCCGAUUUUCUGAAAUUGUCGAUAUGCUCAGAUUGAGCGACCUUAACAAAAAGCAUCUGAGCUAUUUGAUCGGACAGGAUGAGACCGUCGUGAAGGAUUUUUGCCGCCUAGCCUGGGACUACUUAGCUAAAGGAGUCAAUGCAAAGUUAUACGCAACAGCUGCACAAAAACUGGAAAUCAGCCCGCAAGACCUUCAACAUGUAGUAGAGGCUCUGGUCAAUCUACUGUCAGAAUCCUGCAAACUCAAGCUUUCUAUUCCAAAGCUGAAAUCAAAUCUCUUGGAGCUGGGAUUCAACAGCAAGCAGGUUGACAUCAUCUGCACUUAUUACACAACUAAGAGGGCCGAUAUCAACAAUGUCCUGCUCGCAGCAUCCGUACAACUCCCUAUGUACAAAGAUCUCGAAUGGAGGACACAAGUCCAGCUCGCCUCAAGAGCAUUACCGGAACAGCUCGAGCCAAGUAUCCUCAUGAAACUAAAACUCGACAAUGCGAAAGAAGACUCAUUGAUACUCCAGACCGAUCCUGGAAACCUUGUACAUAUCACUAAAGUUCUGCAGGAUGCUUUGAACCAAGCAUCAGACAAUCACACAUCUAGAGUCCAAAGAAGAUAUAAAACAUAAAUUGUCAUUAUUUUUUAUAAUUAAAUAUUUUAUUAAUA